AUGGAGGCGGUUAAAGUGAAAAAACCGAAGCCAAAACCGCGAGUGGCUAUUCCGCAAGAUGGAUUUGAACAGGAGAGAGCGGAGAGAACGGAGAGGACGCCGAUCAGGGAAGCGCCACCACUUCCGCCAAGGGGAAACUCGAUUGCGCAAGUGCCAGAGCAAACACCGUCCUCAAGUCGUCUCGCCGCGUCGAUCGUCCGCUCUAGAUCUGUAUCGCCUGAGCCAGAAGAGAUUGAUUUCACGGCCACUCAAACAAACAAUGUACAAAGCCAAAGUAGCACAGCGCCACCAAUCCCGACUCAUCGCUUAAUUUUCCCGAAAACCGAUGCCGUUUCCGCAGAAAAGCCGCCAAUCGAUUUCGAGGAGAGAACGACGGUGAGAAAUGCCGCAGCCUAUCCAGCCGUGCCGAGUCUCACCGCUGGCUUGAUGACCGAUUUGACGCUAAAUCCACCACCGCCUUCUUAUGCUCAAUUGAUGCAAGAGGCUCGAUCGAGUCAAGUGCCGCAAAUUGUCCCUCCAGCCGCCCAUGUUUCUCAAGUGAUGCCAAAAGUUGCUCAAAUCGAUGCUCCACCGCUAUACCCGGGCGUGUCAAAGAUGAUCUUUGAGCGAAAUCGACACGGUCUUCUCAGCGAACAACAUCUUCUCACCUAUUACCACAAUCCGCUUUACGAGGUGGCUGACGAGAUGACGACGCGAUUUAUACAGGACGAAGAGCUUCCAUCUGGUCCACUUUUCCCAUUGUUGGCUCGUUUAAAAGAUCUAUCGGAGAGAGCGAUUCUCGGGGAAGUUGCCGAAAAGGAAAACUCGGAAGCACUGCAGAAAUGCUUGAGGGAAUGCUGGACGUUGAACGAGAAACCGAUCACAUUUCAAGGUCGUUGCGGGGAAGACAGAGAAGGCACUGGCAAUGGCAGCUAUCAGAGUGCCACGCUUUCCGGCGAGAAAGUCGCUGAAAUGAGACGCUUGUUGACGAAAAAUCGAAAUGUUCUGCUAAAUCAGCGCUUGAAUCAUGAAGUGGAAUUUCGCUCGUUGGCUUUGCAAAUCCAGUGGAAAGUGCUUUCAAUCAACAAUCAAUUCAUGGCCGAGCACAAUGUGGGACAACAAUCGCCCGUUUCAUUGCACUCAAACAUGUUGCCGAAUGGUUCAUCGCGUUUGAUUCGUUGUGCUUUAUCGGAUCUUUUCUUUCAUCUACGAUUCCCAUCUUUACCUCAGAGAUUUAUCGGAGCGGUUACGGCGUGGAUAACGGAGAUUUCGAGUGCUCUCUUCAAGCGGUGUAGCAGCGAAGAUGCGCAGUUCAUUCUCCUUCAUCUCUUGCGUCUUCCAUCACCGAUCUCCGACUGGGCAACUCCUUUAGUACAAACUUUUGCCGGAACGACAGCGCCAAAUAAACUAAAGAUCGACCACUGCAUGACGAUGUUGGGACACUUGAUGGCACCGAUUAGAGCACGUGAAAGCUUUCUUCGACAAGUCGGUCAAAGCGAGGGCGAAGAGGAAUCGUGGGCGAUUCUCGGAGACGAUGAUGGAGAUGAUCCCGAGUUCUCCUUUGUGACGAUAAACGAGCAAGAUUUGAUCUCAUUCCUCGAUCAGUUACCAGUGGCCGACUUCUAUUCGCUCGCUUUUCUCCACUUUACAUCAGAGACCAAUGAGUCGAGCGCUCAAUUCGUCUCUUUGAUCUCAUUUCAAUUGUUGUUGAUGAAGCUGUUGAAUGAGGGUUUAAAUGAGUACGGGAAGCCGAGCAAUAAGCUCUUUUGCAAGCAAAUUGGGAUGUACUUGAGACAAUCCGUGCGCGAGUUGUGCAAUUUGUGGCGAACGACGCAAUCCUUGCUGCCGCCGGCCGAAUACGACCAGCUGCAGCUGGAGAUUGACCGCAUUUUGAUCCUCGCCGUGCAAUAUAUCAUCAGCCAUCAGAACCUCGGUCUCUACCAAUUUCUCGUCGAUUUGCCGUACGAAUUCGUCUCGGAGGAGUGCCGACAAAGAGUGAUUUUCUUGCUCCGAAGCCCCCAGCCGAUCACUGCCAAAGAGCUCUACGAGAUUCCCACCGAGGAAUUGCCAGCGAAGAUCGAGAAAUGCCAACUAAAGUAUCGAAUCUACAAUCCAGAAGAAAUGGACAGCGUUUUCAUGAUCAACUCGUUAGCAACGAUCGCUAGUGUUUCUUCCGGUGACCCAACGAAGUUCAUCAAGGAGAUUUUGGAGUUGUGCUUUUGUGAGGAAUCGACUCGAGAUCAGUUGUACAAAGUUGGUGGUGAGGCAUUGGCGCAGAUGAUUCUUCGGAAACCGAAACUUUUGGAUCAAAUUCUGACGACGCUCGAUCGAUUGAUUGAUCAUAUGGGAAAUUACGCGGUGGAUACUCUCGCGUCAUGCGAUCUCUCGCAGUGCGGUGUGUCGCAAGCAAUUCUGGGGAGUGUGCUCGGGAAAUGGUUGAUCAAUCGCGGCGCCGAUCACGUGGCCAAUCGUUUGGCACGUCGAGUCCUUUCUUCUCUAAAUUGGGGCUACGACUCAUCGGGUCAACUCUGGAUGGAUGCGGGUGUUCACGAGAUGUGCGCAAGUACGGUCGUCAAGGCUCAUGCCGCUCAUUGUGGAAAGAGCAAUGGGUUGAUUGCGAAGAGUAUUCAAAAGGUGGCCAAGUUGGCGAGCAAAAUCGCUGAUCACGAGGCGCAUUUCAAUCAAUUCGUUUGGGACAUCUUGAUCAAAUUGAAGCUGACCGUUGAGCUCUCGACCGUUGUCCCACAGCAAGACUUAGCCGCUUUCUAUGUGCACACAGCUAAGCACGCGAUUGCAAAGCCCGAGAUCUUCUUGGACAAGGGUGUCCAAUUGAUGAACGAGUUGGUAAACUCAGGAUGCACGAUUGCAAGCGCGAUCCUUUUCGGCCGCGUUGUGCAACAACAUCACAAAGCAAUCGGGAGUCUCGUCGCUGAUAACAACUUUAUCGACAUGGCCGAACGGGUUCUGCACGCGGAUCAAUGCUCGUACGCGGUUCAAUUGCUCACCGGUCCCUCGUCAACACCGACGCCGAUUGUUCGGCUGAUUAGGGCACAAAUUUUGGUGUUUUCUCAAAACAUGCAUGACAAAGGAGCAUUUCUCAAUGCCUGGGCAGAGAUUCUGCUUGCUCAACGGACUUACAUCUGGAAUACAGAUCAAGUUGCUCUUCAAAUCCUUGGCACGAUCGUGCAAAUCGCUUUCUCGAAUGAUUCGAUUGGAUUGCUUGGAUUGAGCGGGAAAUUCGCUGAGGCUUAUCUGACUCUUCAAUCUUCGUCAAAAGAGCAAUCGAGGGGACUCUUCUCGUUGUUUUCUGGAGACUCAUCACCGCCAAGUCUUCUGCUGGCCGCUUAUUACCCGAUCUCUCCGUGGGCUACUUAUUUCUUGCUGCUAAUUGAACAGGAAGCUUUUCAAUCAUUCUACACAUAUCUGUGGGAGACUUUUGCGAAAAAGGACAAGAACAAUGGGGAUCAAGCCGUCAAGAAAGCUGCUCAAAAGUCGGGCAUAGCUUUGACGCCGGAUCGACUUCCGGCAAUGCGAUGGGCGAAUGCGAUUGCGGUUUGCCGGGAUUCUGAGAUUCUCCCGUUGAUCGUUCAGCAAUUCGGCGCCACACUUUUCAAGCGACGAUCCACUCUUGGAAAGAGCUACGUCUUCGCUCAACGAAUCGUGAGCACACCGUCUUGUGCUCAAAUUUUCGCCGAUUGUCGCAAUGUGCUCGAGUCAAAAGCGCAUCCAAAGGGUUUUUAUAAAGCUGUUUCCGGAUGGGUUUUCUCGAAUCGUGACUUAAAUGUGCCGAAUUUCAACUUCUCAUGUUUCGAUUUGGACUAUCUGCUUCAAAUGUUGCUUUCCGGUGAUGCGAGCCCGUGGAUGGAUUUCGUGAAUCUCGCGCACAUUCACCAGAGUUCACUGGACGAGAUCAAACUCUAUCAAGCGAUUUGCCAUGAGGAGCGUCGAAUGGCCGCCCGAAAUGGUUGGGAAGGGCCGUCAGAAAGGGAUCGAGCUGUGCGGGCAUUGCCUUUUCCAACACUCCCAACACAUCCUGGACUACCCACCCCGCCAAGGAUCGACUACUCAAUGAUUCAAUCGCAAGACGUGCUCAUGAGCCUCUUCGCGCCGAUGAUUCGAAACGUGAACAAGCUGAGCGACAACUUUGUCUCCGUUUCCGAUGAUUUAGCGGAAAAUGAUCAGAGAUAUUGCGAGUUGAUCUCGAGAUUGUAUCUGCCUGUGCAGAGGAGUAUCACCGUGAUUGUGCAAUGCUCGUCGAGAUGCCCGAGGCCUUCGUCGGCUACAGUACAAGUGACAGCCACCGAGUUCAGCGCGCAAUGCGACGCGGAGAUGACGCAGAAUCGGGAACGCCGCGGGACAAGUAUCACAUCAGCACAAGCCUCCCUUCUUGACGCUGCAGCAAUGCAAACGGCAAGCAUGGAAUUCGUGGCGCUACAAGUGGCCGUAUUCGCCUCGAUGAUGGACGGAGCUCAACGGGUGAAAGCACAAGGCACUGGACGGUCACUUUUCUACUUGACCACGUCAAGUAUUUCGUCGGAGGUCAUGCUUUUCCCAGCUGCUACUUCAAGUUUUGAGAAUGUGCUUCGAGUUUUGGGAAAGGAAUUCGUCCGUUUACGCCCUGAAGAACAAAUGAAUGUGAUGCGAUUAGUGCUUGACGGUUUCGUCUUGUCAGAUCCACUUGUUGAGGUUUUCACACCGGAAUGUUUGGGAAGUCAAGAGCUUUGCGAUUGUUAUGCAAAAUUGAGCGAAUCCGUCGGACAUUUAGAGAAAUCGCAACGAGCUUUCAAAUUGCUGGGCAGACUCGCAAUCGACAAAACGACCAGCUCACUGCCGGCUCAACAGUUUAUGGCGCUGAUACCGAUCGCUUUCAAUAACGUCGCCUCACAGCCGGAUCCGAGCACCGAAUUGCAUGAGCUUUGCCUCAAGCACCUAGUCACAUUCAUUUUCCACAAGUUCCCGCUGAAUUUCGUCUACGGACUCGAUGUUGCUUUAGCUGGUUGCAAUACAGGCGCCGCUCCGGCAUCACUUUUCGAGAUUUUCGUUGAAAAGCUCAAUGGAGAGAAAUGGGAGGCGCCUAAAGGACAAUUCGUGAUCAACGGGAUUAAGUCUCUCGAGUGCUGUGUGGUGAUCACGAAACGGUUAAGCGAGGGCCGAGCGCUGUUGGGCGCGAAUUUGUUCGCUGUUUGGGCAAAAUAUCUCGAUCCGAUCACUCGUCUCGCACAACUUUUCCUCCAAACAGCCGUCCGGGAAUCAUUCGAUGCAAGCGCUCCGCAAUCGGUUUCGAAUGCAGCUCUCGUUGACGCAUUUUCGCGAGUGAUCUCGUUGUUUUCUCCAUUAAUCGUGCCUCCUUCAUCAUCCGUUCCUCCAUUCUCGCCAUCGCAUGCAAAAGAGACAGAUUUAUGUGUGGAAAGGAUGGUUCAACUUAUCAACGCACUUCCCUACAACACGACACUGGCACCGGGCCAACAAAACGCUCAAUCGCUUGUGUGGCAAUUCUUCUGCGAGAAGUUGUCGAGGUUGACCCAUGGAACGGCUCACUACUACGCGACUUUGGAAACGCACCUGAUGCGCAUUCAUUGGCCCUCAUUUUGGCCGUCACUUCGUGCGCUCACCGCGAUGAAUGAGAUCUUCGCCUCUCGAUCGGCUGACUGUUUCCCGGUGGUGGCACAAAUUUUCGUGCGAAUUGCGUGGAUGGACGUGAUUUCGAAAAGUAUCCCCGUUGAAAUCCGCGCAAGCUACAUGUCGACGUUGCUCUUCAUCACGACAAGGCUCGUCUCUAGACAGCAAACUUAUGCAAAAAUCCGAGCCUCAUUGUGCGAGCUCUUGAAACAGUUUGGCUCGUUGAAUGAGUGGAAAUCGAUUGCAGUUGAUGAUUGUCAAAAGAUUGCCAAUUGUUUAAGCGAAAGCUUUCCGAGCGAUGCAUUGACAAAUUCGAGCGAUGUUUUGUCGCUUUUUUUCUCUCUCUGGCGAAAUGUUUGCUAUUUCUCGGUGCAAGAUUCGAGUGUGAAUGCCGAGAUUCUCCUCAAGCAACAAGCCUACAUCAAGGCGGAAUUGCGAUUGAUUUUGAGGGGAAACACCGCCAACGCGCUCGUCCACUACGUUGCCCUCAUCGCCGACUGUAAUUCGAUUGCCAAAGCUUAUCGAUCCAGCGAUCUCCGCAACUUUUCCCUUGUCACCCGUGAAUUGACAGCUGUCUGGGCACAGAUUUCUGAUGUCAAGAUGGGAGAAACUCUGGUAAACGGUUUCAUGACGUAUCUCUCCACAAAUGCCUCAUCUCCCCUCGUUCUCUUGACCGUUCAUCGAGUGAUCGACUCGCUUUCAAACGAUCAACUCAGCACAGCGUUAAAAGUGAUGGAAAAAGCGAUACGAGCAUAUUUUCAGAAACCUGACGCCGAAUGGGUGGAGCUUUUCGAGUGGUGCGCUUUUCCGGAAGUCAAAGUGCCAGCAAUUUUUCACUACUUAUUAACAGUGCCGAACUCCGAGAAUAAAGCUACUCCAUUAUUGUUGACUCUUCGAUCUCUUCUCGAUCACGGCUUGCAUUCUGAUGAGAUUUUCUUGAGAACUAUCGUUUACCUUGAGAAGUUGAAGCCAAAGUAUAUCGAUGAUGAGGUAGCCGUUCUGGUUCUCUUACGUAGAUUGAUGCAAUGGCUUGUUCGAUGGUUUAGCGGUGGUCAAACGCAGUCAGCUAUGGCUUUGAAUGAACCGCUUCAAAGCCUACAGCGAUGGUUGGAGAGAUCGAAGAUCGAAGAAAAGCAAGGUCUUCUUUCAGGGAUCAUCGGCUCGAAGAAGAAUCAAUACUCGAACAAAUUCCGGGCAAUCAUCGCCUUGCUCGAGUUGUUCAUAAAACAGCAAACAAAUGCACCGGAUCGACCACCGCGGAUGAGUCAACGAGAGCCGAUUAUGAAUAGUCGAAUUUCGGCAGUUGGGGAAAUGGCUGCGCUAAAGACGAACCAACAACUCUCCUCACUUUUCAAUACAGCCACCGGGUAUUUCGCGUCAACCGAUUACACUUUCAAAGACUCACCCGCCCUCUUCGAAGCUUUGAUGCGAAUGGCGUAUCAAGAUCGGGUUGUACAGGGA